CUGCGCGUCCAUGUCAAAGCUCAUGCGAUAUUCAUCGGGUUCAUCUGGCUCGUAAAUAAGUAUCAUCGAGUUCGACCGUCAAAGUCUCUCGAAAGGCCAUCUAGCCCAUGGCCCACUACUGGCUUUUGAAAGCUUCGUAGCCAAGCGACUCGGGCUGCGGCCUCGGUGUGGGCCUCGGUCUCACGCGGGGAUCAAGCCUUGGGCGCCUCCAGCUCACCGACGUCGGGCAACAGGGUAUCCACGACCUCAGUUUCAGCCCAAUUUGUAACGAAGAUCGUCGGUCUUAGCAUAGAAGCGAUGGCCUCUGAUGUUGAUGAUGAUCUCGCAGUGCGGUAUGUCAAACCACACUACAUGUCUCCCGACACGCAAGCAGAAACAUGGCCGUUGGAUGGAGCGGUGCCGGUGGCGGUCAAGGAUAUAAUGCGCGUGUCAUAUUCGAAUAUGUCGGUACCUCUUAAACGCGGUGCAGCGUGCCUUCCCUGUCGGCGCCGAAAGAUUAGAUGCAACGGCGCACGCCCCGUGUGUGACCAGUGCAGACGCAUUGAUCGGCAGGCCUCUUGCCAGUACGGCGGGACAGGCCAACUCUCCCACACGGAGUUGCUUCAGCGGGAAAUCGUGAGGCUCAAGUCGAGGAUACAAGAUCUCGAGCCUCCGCAGCCCAUAUCGCUCUCCGAUCCUUACGUUUCACAAGAUACUUCUACUCACAUGGCGAGCUCUGUCAUGACCACUGAAACAGAAGAGAGCAUGCCGUAUGUCGCCGGCCCAGCGACUGCUUACCCCGACUACAGUGAUUACAACUUUGGCACUACGCACCUUAUCGAUGCCAUAGACAUCGAAACGCCGCUCAGUUUCGACCUCGAGUCAACGUCUACGUCGAGCCCCGGGCUGUCGCAUCCUGAAUCAACUCCUCCGCAGUCAUGGUGGGAGCCCGAAAAACCACUCGAAGAACGCGUUCAUCAAGCCAUAAACGACCUGGCCCCGAACGCUCGUCAAUUCGGCUUCUUCCUUGAUCUCGCAAGUGAACUCCGCACUUCACCUAACGCUAGACAGCACGGGCUAGGUCAAGAGCACGAACAGAGCCACAGUCGGGACGAAGAACAAGGCGCCGGUGGAUUGCACAAGACAGUCCUCAGGAACGUCGUCGUGCUCUGGGCAGUCCACUUUUCGCGCGAUACAGCCCUCAAAGUCCAGGAGCCUGCGGUGCUGGGGCGGACGCUCGCGCUGCUCCGUGAUGCCAUCACCGACAUCAGCGCUCCUUCCGCCGCCCUGUACGUCUUGCAGGUAGAGUUGGCACUUGCGUACUACUUCGUGCGCGAUGCGCGCUGGUACGAGGCCCGGCACCAUGCGAACGCCGCGGCGAGGUUUGUGCUUGACUUUGGAAUCCCUGAUGUUGCACUGAGGCAAGCGAAUGCUGAGGAUGGCGCGGAGAAGAGCUUCUCAGCUUUUCGGAAUUAUCCUGGAUGUGGCUGGUACUCUGGGGGUGUGGCUCGCCUCGAUCGUACUGUCUGUGCGGAUGCGGUGCAUAGUGUUUGUAUCCUCGACCAGGCACUCGCCUGCUUCCUGAGCAUAGAGCCAGUGCUGAGUGCAAAGGUUACCGAGCGCAUAUUCCCCACUAUGAACCACGAUACUUUGGAUGAAAGCACGGCUUUUGCCCGCGAGGCAUGCGCAUCUGUUCUCUUGUACCGUGCAACUGCUGUUUGUAACACCAAGAAAGGGAGCACCGCGUCAGCUUCAGAGCUUGAAGCCACAAUAUCUUCCUUAAUCGACCAUGUUGAUACAUGUCGAACUCUCGCGGGCUCAAGCAGAAAUUUGGAUGAUCGCACGUUUUUGACACUCAAAUCGCUCCUUUACUUGGCGCGAAUUCAAAUUAAGCUACCUCUUGUGGACAAGGACACUGCCGCGCUGGACGGAAUCAUAGAGACGCUCGUCGGCUUCGCGGAUACGAUGGCGAACAUCGACGUGCUCGCAAUUCGUCCGUUCAACCCGAUUAUGGCCAGCGUUUGGAUCGCAAUUGCUCAUCUUCUGAACGUUGAACUCCAGCGUGCACAUUCUUCCGAUCACCCGCGUCCUUCGGAGACCGCCGCGGCCGGGAGGCUUUCAGCCGCGGGAUCGCAGUUGAUACAACAGUUGCUCAUGCUAGGGGAGACGAUACCUUUGAAAAGUUUUACGGCAAAAGUUGAGUCAAUGAUGCCCCUCAUGAUGGCCCUGCAAGGAUGUGCAUAGGUUCCGCUAGAUAUUGUACGUAUGCAUACCGUCAUGCUGUAUGUUAACACGGAUAUGCCUUCUCCGAGCCCGAGGCUAUCCCACAAUCACCGAUGUUUUUCUUCGCCAUACCUGCAGCGCGAUUACAGCGCGAGUAUCCUGGGAAAUACAAUGGUGGCGCCAGGGACUACAAUGUUUCCGGUAUCCAAAGCGGUGAUCAGAGGGAGCUGCGGGGGCUCGCGGCCACCCCGGCGGUACCCG